AUGCCAUGGACGCCUCCCUCCCUCCGCAUCUCCAAGUUCGAUGGAACUAACUUCCACGCCUGGAAGUUCAAGAUGCAGAUGGUGCUGGAGGAACGGGACCUAUGGGAGGUCGUCAGCGGUGAGAUCAAGGCGGAACAGUGCGAGACUCAGUUGGACCAAGCGACGUACAAGAGGAAGUCAAGAAAGGCGAUGGCAGUGAUCUGUCUAGCCAUGGAAGAUUCCCAGCUACCGUUGGUCCGGUCGGCAAGUGGUGCAUGCGACGCAUGGUCAAGGUUGGAAGACCACUUCGAGAAGAAGAGUCUUGCCAACAAGCUGUUCUUGCGCCGUCGCUUCUUCACGACAAUGAUGGAAGAAGGCGACGAUGUGCUCGAACACAUCAACAAGCUCAAGACGCUGGCGGAACAGCUAGAAGCGGUGGGGGCUCCAGUCUGCGAGGACGAUCUGGUGAUCACACUCCUCGGCAGCCUGAGUGACUCGUAUCAAUUCUUGAUCACAGCUUUGGAGUCGCGCUCAGACACUCUUAGCUGGGAGCUCGUGACGUCUCGACUGCUUCAUGAAGAAAUGAAGCGGAAGGAGCAAGGAAGUAAAGGUGAUGAAGCUUCGCAAGGUCAAGCGUUCAUCACAAGGGACAAUCAGCGCAAAGGGCGACCAGUGAAGAAGUCCUGGCCGUGCCACAAUUGCGGAAAGAUUGGUCACUGGAUGGCGGAGUGCCCCUCGCGCAUCCAAGAAAACACGGAGAGACACCGGCCACAGCGUGCUCAAGACAGCGGCGACCGCUAUCGAUCACAACGUGCAAACGUCGCUCAAGAAGAAGACUCGGGCGACUACCUCUUUUCGAUCGGUGAAACGACAUCUGCGAAAUCGAGCGACAUCUGGCUGGUCGACUCCGGGGCGACGCAGCACAUGACGUGCUCCAAGAAGUUCAUGCGGAACUACAAGGGGUUUGACGCUGUGGAUGUCCAUCUCGCGGAUGAUGGAAUCGUCCAAGCAAUCGGCAGUGGGGACAUUGUCAUGUCGAUGAAGACACCCCAAGGGAUGAAGAAAGGUGUGCUCACAAACGUGUGGCACAUCCCAAAGUUAUCCAGAAACCUGUUCUCGGUCGGCCGCUUCACCAAGGAUGUCGGCCCAGUGACGUUCACGAAGGAUGGGUGCUAUGGAGAAGCGAAAGGGACCAAGUGGAAAAUUGGUGCCCGUGAAGGUAAAGGACUGUUCAAGCUGCAAAUGACUCCAGUGGCGCCGGAACAAGCAAAUGCAGCCAAGUCGUCGGGAUGUCAAGGGGGCACCAAGUCGUACCUCUGGCACCUUCGGCUUGGCCACAUAGGUCACGAUGGACUCAAUUGCAUCGUGACGAAGAACAUUGGAAUUGGCAUCGACAUAUCUUCGGUGAAGAAGUGGGACGUGUGUGAAGGUUGUGCUCUGGGAAAACAGACUCGAGUGCGCUUCCAAUCAAACACUACAGCUCGCACCUCCAAACUCCUCGAAGUGAUUCACAGCGACGUAUGCGGACCGAUGUCGAUGGCAACUUUCAGUGGAAAACGGUACUUCGUGACAUUCAUUGAUGACAAGUCAAGAUACUGUGUCGUCUAUCUGCUCAAGAGCAAAUCUGAAGUUGCGGCGAAGUUCAUGGAAUACGCUGCGAUGGCCGAAACGCAAACCGGAAAGCGCGUGAAGUACCUUCAAAGCGACAAUGGGGGUGAAUACAAGUCCGACAAGCUGGCACGAUUCUGCGCGGAACGGGGAAUACAACAAAGGUUCACACCCCCAUAUACUCCUCAGCUAAACGGAGUAGCUGAGAGAAUGAAUCGCACGCUGGUCGAGUGUGCGCGUUGCAUGAUGGAACACGCUGGACUGGGAAAGAGCUACUGGGGUGAAGCAGUGAUGACGGCGAUGUUUCUUCGAAACCGCUGUCCAACACGUGCCAUUCACCAAGACAAGUCUCCAUAUCAAGUGUGGACGAUGAAGAAACCGAUUCUGGCCAACCUUAAAGUGUUUGGAUGCCACGCGUAUGUUCAAGUGCCUCAAGACAAACGCGCGCGAAGUUCGACUCCAAGUCAUCACUCUGUCGUUUCCUGGGAUACGCCGAACACCAGAAGUCAUAUCGAUUUGAGGAAGUGUCAACAGGAGCGAUCAAGAUCAGUCGCGAUGCCACAUUCAUGGAAGACAAGUUUGAUGAAGGUCCGCGCAACUACAACGAUGAGUCAAGUGUCGUUGAGUUUGAUGAUCAUGAUGAGGACGAAGAAAAAGAAGAAGGUAAAACUGACGACGACAUGGACUCGAGCGACGAUGACAACGAAGACACCAGGUCUUCGAAGAGCAACAUCAAGAGACACACGCGCACUCAAUCACUUGAGAAAGCUACCGUCAUUCCAAGUCCCAAGCGAAGAACAUACAGAUGUCCGUCGCUUGAGCAUGUGUCAGCGGCUGCAAUGGAUUUUGAAGCAGCCUACAUCGUUGAUUCAGUGGGGGAAACGCCGACUACAUUCAAGUCGGCGAUGGAAUCAAGCGACUCCGGCAAGUGGAAAGAAGCGUGUGACUCGGAGUUCGACUCGCUUCAGAGAAACGACACGUGGGAAAUCGUGCCUCUUCCGAAAGGUCGCAAGGCCAUCGGGUGCCGAUGGGUUUUUCGUGUAA